AUGUCUUGUGCCUGGGUGAGAAGGUCCAAGCACUGCUCAGAACUCGGGGAAGUAGCUGCUUACGUCUCCGACCUCAUUUUAUCUGAGGACUUGAGGCACGAAGCCCGUUGCGUUCAGAAUUUUCAUGGAGUACUGCUCUUUGCGGACGUCUCAGGUUUCACUGCUCUGACAGAGAAGUUUAGCCAGAGCGUCAGCCUCGAGCGGGGUGCGGACGAGCUAACGCAAACGCUCAAUGACUACAUGGGCGACAUUGUGGAGGAGCUGCUGGGCUUUGGAGGAGACAUCUUGAAGUUUGCAGGGGAUGCUGUACUGGUGCUGUGGAGAGUGAGGGAAACACAGCUGAGAGACACCAUCAGCCUGGUGCUGCAGUGCUGCCGGCAAAUCCAGGAGAAGUACAGCGUCCGUGACACAGACGUGGGUCUGAAGCUCCGACUGAAGAUAGGGAUCUCUGCAGGGCACAUGUCGCUGCUGACUGUGGGAGACCGCAAGGAGCAGCACUUCCUCAUCCUUGGCAAGGCCGUGGGUGAAGUCUGGCAGGCGCAAAACCUUGCAAGUGCAAGUGAUAUUAUCCUGUCAGCCAGCAGCUGGGAGCUCUGUAACCAGAGCCAGGUGAAGAGCAAGAGAGUGAAAGGCCAAGGAGCGGUGAAGAUUGACGACAGACAGCCCCUGGCGUGCCUAUCCGAGCUGCGGCCGGUCACCUGCCUCUUUGUGAAGCUGCAGUUUGCUGCCAAGGUCAACCUAACGCAAAUCUGCAAGGCUAUCCAGGACAGCAGCGUGCUGAUUUCGGAGAUCCUCCGUCCUCACAAGGGCGAAAUCAACAAAAUCUCCAUGUUUGAUAAGGGCUGCACGCUGCUGUGUGUGUUUGGCCUCCCUGGAGGAAAGCUGCCCUGCGAGAGCGUUUGCGCCCUGGAAAGCGCGAUUAAAAUCUCCACCGCCUGCUCCGGGAGGCUGGGGAAAAUCGAGGCAGUGUCCGUGGGGGUCACCAGCGGGACAGCGUUCUGCGGAGUCGUCGGCCACCGCGUCAGGCACGAGUACACAGUCAUGGGCCAGAAGGUGAACCUGGCUGCCCGGCUGAUGGAGCACUACCCGGGGCUGGUGUCCUGCGAUGCGGCGACCUACGCAGCAUCCCGGCUGCCCCGGUCCUACUUCAAGGAGCUGCCGAAGGCCCAGAUGAAGGGGGUUGGCGAUCCUGGCACUGUCUAUCAGUACCUGGGGAUGUCGCAGAAGCUCAUAUUUGGCCUGGAUCUUAUGGAGGAGAGGUCAGAGUACGGCCCCUUGCUCGGUCGUGAAAAAGAGAUUGCCCUCUUUGAAAGUGCCUUGAAAGCCUAUGGGACUUGUCGCGAAAGCAGCAUCCUAGCGUUUGAGGGUGUGCUUGGCUCUGGAAAGAGCCAUUUACUCACUGAGCUGGCAUCUUUGGGACAGGCUGCUGGCCACAGGGUGGUGGCCGUGGAACUGACAGAGCUAAACCUGAAGCAGGUCUACUCUGCCCUCCGUAUGGUGCUGGCCAUGGCCCUGGGCCUGCAGGCAUGUCAAUCGUGCAGUGCCAGACAGCUUGUGCUGCAGGCAAAGCUCCAAGGGCUGAUGGCAGAGAGCAGCUACUGCCUCCUCAACGACAUCUUCCUCGUUAAGUUUCCCCUCUCGACGGCAGUUUCCCAGAUGAGUGGCACUCAAAGGCAAAUGGAGCUGGAGUUGGUUUUGAAGAAAGUGCUCCAGAAGACUGUUGAAGAAGAUGGCGUUGUAUUUGUCAUCGACAACGCCCACUGCAUCGACUCUCCCUCCUGGAGUCUUAUGUGGAGCGUGCUCAGGGAUGUCUCAAUCUUCAUGGUGAUGAGCUUCACUGCCAGUCACUGCAGAAGACAGAGGCUUUGCCAAGCUGCCGUAGACAUCCUGAAGCUGCCAAAAACCAGUUGUGUUCGUCUGGGAGAGCUGAAGCCUUCCGCUGUAGUGCAGAAAGCCUGCCAGGCGCUUGGAGUUGUCAGCCUGCCCCAGGAUCUAGAGACGUUGCUGACGCAAAGAAGCUACGGCAUCCCCUAUUACUGUGAGGAACUGUUGCGCUACCUUCUUGGCCAUGACAUGCUCUUGUUCCACCCACUGGGGAAGGAUGAGAAACGAGAGGACAAGUGGGAGAGCCUCUUCACUUCUGUGAUGGAGGCUUCAACCACCGCAGCAGCACGGAGCUCCAGCGCGGGGAAGGACCGCAGGGUGUGCACCAUGAGGCCAGAUGUGACCCUGCAGAACACUGUACUCCCCCCUACAUUGAAAGGGAUUGCGCUGGCUGAGCUGGACAGCAUGAAGCCCUCGGAGCAGAUGGUUCUGAAGUGUGCAGCCAUCCUAGGGCCGCUGUUUAGCACGGAGCUGCUGUUCCACAUCCUUCCCGGGUGGAGCAGGGCCAAGCUGAACAAGGCGCUGAAUGCCCUGGUGAGAUGCAACAUCCUCAAGUGGCUGAAUGCUGCCAAGGGGGCAGAAGAGAGCAGUGUUCCCACCGAGGGGUCGGGCACCUCUCUGGAGGAGGAGAGCGAUGCCCAGAAGUCAUCCGUGGAGGAGAGCAAGCAGAGGGCGAGGCUGGAGUCUGGCGUGCUGGCCUUUUGCGCCCCGCUGCUGCAGGAGGCUGCCUACGAGCUGUGGCCGAAGGGACAGAGGGUGGCCCUGCACCACAAGUGUGCGGCCUUCCUGGAGAGGCACGCGCACAAGUGCCAGUGCUGCGGGGGAGGCGACUUUGUUGCCUUCCACCGCUUGGCCCUCGGCAGCACGCAGGAGGCCGAGAGCUGUGAAGAGCACGGAAGCGACUGCUACUGGCGCAGCUGGGAGGCCUCCCUGGCGACCAGCGAGGAGAUGAAGUCGGACGAGCUCCCCGCCUCUACGGAUGCUUCAAGUGGUGUACCAAAAGAGAAGAGCUGCUUGGAGGAGAUUUUUCGAGCAGCAAAGCAGUUUCUGGCUAAGACCGAAUGGAUGCCCAAGGUGCCCAGCAAGACCCACUGGAUGCAGGGUGUGGAGUAUUCCUGCAGCUGCAAGGCCAUUGUGGACUUGGUGCUUGUGCCCUUGGCUCAGCACUACAUGGCAGUGGGCAAUGACGCCAGGGCCUUUUAUUAUCUGCUGGAGGGUGCGGCUGCCUACUUGCACGUCUCCGACAACUACCUGGCCUUCCAGAACCUGAAGAAAGCAGAAGUGCUGAGGACCUUGGUGGCUAAGAAGAGAAACGCGCUUGCUUGCUUUGAAGAAGCCACUUUGCUGAGCCUCAAAGGAGAGGUCUGCUACCAUAUGGGACAAACGGAGCUGGCGACGACAACGAUCAGGAAGGCAUUGAGCCUGCUGAAGAGGAAAUUCCCCAUGACCUCCACUGGCGCCACCUUGCAGCUUGUGCUGGAAAAGUCAGAGCAUGCCUCUCGCAAGAAGAACAGAGACUCCUCCGUUCCUCAGGAGGCAGGGAGGCAGAGGCUCCCCUGGCUGUUCCGGCAAAGCCACUGCCUGUCCUUACUGCGGCAGCUCUUCAGCCUGGAGAGCGCCGCCGGCAGUCGGAGGCUCUCCCGCCUGGCAGCACUCAUGAAGGUGAACACGGCCGAGGAGUCCGAGGAUGCGAGUCACGUCCUCUUGUCCUACCUGGAAUAUGCGCUGUGCUGCCAGAACCUGGGCUGCCGGGAAGAGUGGCUGCAAUACGGGCGGGCGGCCGUGCAGCUUAGCGCUGAGGUGCAGCUCUUUGGAGGAGGGGUAUUAAACACAGCCAGCUUUGCCCAGGCCCUGUCCCAUCUGACCCUCAGCCUGGGAAAUCUGCCUCUGUCCGUCGACGUAGGCUAUCGUGCUGAGAGGCUCUGCAUGGAGCUGCAGAAGCCUGACCUGGGCUACAUGGUUCUCAGGACCCUCUUCACGGCACUCUUUCUGCAGAUGAGGUACCCAGAAUGUGAGGCAGUGCUGCGCAGGCUAGAGAAGCAGGUGUCUGGAGCAGAUGAGAUCGUUGGGCAGGCAUGCUUCUUCUCCUGCUGCUUAGACCUCUUGCUUGAUGCUGGGUGGCAGUAUAAGUCCUUUGAAGAGUGCAGGAGGUUCGUGGAGCAGAACGAAGCCAACUGCCUUCUCCAGGCGCAGAGCAGCAUCCUGCUUGGACUGUAUUCGUCCCUGGCUCUUUGGUUUGCAAGGCUUGGGCAGUGGGACAACUUCCAGAAGCCCUUUGAAAAGGCCAAGAGGCUGCUGAAGAGCACUGGCGCCUGCCUUGUGGCCAGCCAAGCGUGCAGCCGGCUCCUGGAGUGCCAUAGCCUGGUGCUGAAAAAGGACAUGGAGCACGGCUCGUGGAGGGCCCGUGAGAGCUGCCGCAGGGCUCUAAGGCUCGCCAAAGAGGUUUUCUCUCGGUGCUCCACAAGCCCCGUCUUCUACCCCAGAGUCUACCACCUGAAAGCCUACAUUUUCCUGAUGCUGGGGAAUGAAGAGCAGAGCCUGCUGUGCCUCAACCAGGGCCUCCAAGCCUGUGAAGACCAUGGCAACCUGCUGGAGAAGACUUGGCUGGAGAUGAGCACUGAGUGCUGGUUCACUGGAAAAGGCCCCCAGGGAGAUUUGUGGCUGAAGACAGCCCCACAUUUUCCACACCUGAACCAAGCAAAGCCAGAGGUCUGUAGCUCCAGGUACCUGCUGAAGCUGCCAGCACUGCAAAGGGAGGAUUCUUCUCCAGGAAUUAAAUUCUGA